AACAGGAGGUGUCGUUCGCUUUCCUAGUUUUUAGGCUCUUUGUUUUCAUUACCUCUCACAGAGAAUAAGGCCUCAUCAAGCAAGUAGAUGAUUCAGCCAUGAAGGGAUUCAUAUUGUUUGCGUUUCUUGCCCACAUGUGCUUCGCACAAGAUCCAGCCGUGUUUCAGUUUCGAUCUCCAGAAUUCGACGUCUCCGAGUCAGCAUUAAACGCAAUCGUCGUGAUUGAAAAUGUUGGCAAUACAGCGGAAUCUGGGACUCUCAGCGUAACUGUUGCCGACGGAACGGCCGUAAGUGGCGAAGAUUACGUCCCAACCGCUGGUUUAAGGGUAUCAUUUUUGUCAGGCGAAGCGUCAAAAGAGGUUAACAUCCCCAUCCUAGAUGAUGACGUAAUCGAAAGCGACGAAUCAAUCCAGCUCUCUUUGCAGCUCUUGGGUCCCUCCCGUCCAAGUGCCAGAAUUGGCAGUCCUGCAUCUGCUACCGUCAAAAUCAUUGACAAUGAUAAGCCCCCUUCAGCAUCUAAUGGCGGUGGAAACAUAACUUUGGCUACCGAAGCAAAAAUCGACAUUAUGUGCCGACCAGACUAUAUAGAAGUGACCAUUAAGCUUGCAGAUUACCCAGGACUCGUCGUCAACGACUCCGUUCUGCAUCUUGAGGACAUGAAAUGCGUGGCUGGUUACAAGGAUGAUGAAAUGGUCAAAUUCACGUUUGGACUGGAGGAGUGCAAAACCAUGCAGGAGGAUGACGGAAAGAAGAUUUACUACAAGAACAUGGUUUACUUGAAGGCUGGCUUGCCACCGAAUGAUACGAAUAUAGUCCGUGACCAUUACGAAGUUAUUCCGUUCAGCUGCGGAUAUGACAAGAAGGCUGUCCUGUCAAAAGUGUCGUACAAUCCUCAGACUACUCUCGUCCUCUCAAAUGCAGAGGGUAUUGGCAACUUUACGUACUUCAUGGACAUGUACGAGGACGGAAGCAACAGCGAAACAGUUACUGAGUUUCCAAAGGAAGUUGGUUUGGGUCAGAAGAUGUACUUUGGAUUCCGGGUGGAGUCUGGCGACAGUGAAUUGGUUGUAUUCCCCGAUCUCUGCAAGGCCACGGCAUCAUCAAGUUACGAUUCCACUCCUGACCAUCUUAUUAUUGAUAAAGCCUGCUCGAGAGACAACACUUUGGAGUACGACUACGGUGAAAAUUCCGAGCAUUUCUUUAACCUUGCCGCUUUCCGCUUCAAAGAGAACUACGAUGACGUCUUUAUCCAUUGCAAGUUGACGGUUUGCCGAAAAGGCGAUGACCAAUCACGGUGCGCCAAGGGCUGUCAACCAUCUAAGAGGAGACGAAGGUCAACCACAGAAGGGUUAGAAGAAGAACUGAGUGCCGAGCUGUACGUUGGACCGGUGAAACUUAAGCAGUCGACAAAUGAGGAGGCUGAAACCAAGCACUAUACUGAAUCAGAGACUGACAGUAACAUGGUCAUAUUGGUGGCAGCCUUGGUUGGAGUUUUAGGAACUGUGGCCAUUGGACUCAUCGUUGCCGUUGUCAUCAUCAGCCGACGCCGUACGUCCGCUAAGAAAGGCGCUUCUCUCAUCGUUGCUGAGGAAAUUUAAAGGGGCAUUCGUUCGAGCUGUAGUGUGUAACUUUAACCGUAUUUUCAGUACCCUAGGGUCUUAAGAACGUUUUAUGGCACCUGUUUCUUAACUACAUUACUUUGCAUGUGAUUACUAUGGAAAUAAAUUAGUCACGCAAUAAGUUUUCAAAGCAAUUUAGUUUUCAUUUUUUUACAAGUAUUUUUAUUCUUCCCGAGAGGAAAACCAUUUCCCCUAGUUUCGUCUAUUUCAAUAUCUUUUACUAUUAUUCUUUAAAGCCGGCAAAACUAUUGCAAAGUAAAAAACAACGGGAUCACUUUUAGACAUUUCAACUCGCUCAACUCACGUUUCCACUUAACAUGAAAUUUUGCGAGAGAACAAGCUUUUUUACUGCUAUUAUAACUUUUGCUCAAGCACUUUCCAGAAUGCUGUAUACUUUAAUUCAUAAUAGGUCAAAUAAAGCAAUAGGACGUUCAUUUAUCUACUGUUUGUAAUGCUAAGAGGUGUGCUAAGGAAACUACAGGGAUAUGCUGCGGGAAGUAUAUAGUUUUUGUCUGCUAACAAUCGAAUAUUUUCAACCUCUUAAGUGCGGUUUAAAGCUCAUUAAAAUUGGAUUUGUUAACUUUUAACUAA